GUGGCCCAGUGCCGCCGUUUUAUCCGCUCCAAAGUGCGCUGAGCCGGAGCGGGCCAGUACUGCCCCGCCUUUGUGUUUUCUGACAUUCCCACUCCCACCCUUGUUACAGCCUCGAAGGAGAUCGAGGCUAAGCGCCUGGGCCCAAGGACGGCGAGCGGGGGUGGCCUCUCGAAGCCGGGUCUUGCAGUGCCGCUCGUGGAUUAAUCAGACUGCCUGAAUGGUUUAAGGGUACACUGGGUACGUUUGAUUCAGAUGCUCCUGGAACGUCGAAAUUAUCAUCUUUGGAAAGAACCAUCCCCUCUUUGGGCUUCAGGGGCCCAGAUUGAGGCGCGAUGAUGAGAGGAUGUGGUGGUCCACUCUGAUGUCAAUCUUGAGGGCUAGCGGUUCUAGCGGAGUUGGUGGACGUAGCCGGGGUUUAAGAGUGAACUGGAGGUGAAGAAGUGUAGGUCAUCUUUGAAAGACAUCUACCUAUGGAAGGGCACGAAGUGAAGCAAGGCAAGUGGAGAGAACCUCAGCGCCUCAGAUCAUCUUCAGUGGUCCAGAGCAGCGCUGUCUCCGUUGCCAGAUUCUCCUGGCAGGGCAGCUCUGAGAACUCAUUUUGAAGGAACAAUGGAUGAACCUUCUUCCUUGGCCAAACCUCUGGAGCUGAACCAGCACUCCCGGUUCAUAAUUGGCUCCGUGUCUGAAGAUAACUCGGAGGAUGAGAUUAGCAGCCUGGUGAAGCUUGACCUGCUGGAGGAGAAGGAGGGCUCUCUGUCACCAGCCUCAGUCAGCUCAGACACGCUCUCCGACUUGGGGAUCUCAAGCCUCCAGGAUGGUUUGGCCUUACACAUGAGAUCCAGCAUGUCUGGCUUGCACCUAGUCAAGCAAGGUCGAGACCGGAAGAAAAUGGACUCACAGCGAGAUUUCACUGUGGCCUCUCCAGCGGAAUUUGUUACUCGUUUUGGUGGGAAUAAAGUGAUUGAGAAGGUUCUCAUUGCCAACAAUGGCAUUGCAGCUGUGAAAUGCAUGAGGUCCAUCCGCCGGUGGUCUUAUGAGAUGUUUCGCAAUGAACGUGCAAUCCGAUUUGUUGUCAUGGUCACACCUGAAGACCUGAAAGCCAAUGCAGAAUACAUCAAGAUGGCAGAUCACUAUGUGCCCGUGCCAGGAGGCCCCAACAACAACAACUAUGCAAAUGUGGAGUUAAUUCUUGACAUUGCUAAAAGGAUCCCAGUACAAGCAGUUUGGGCUGGCUGGGGUCAUGCUUCUGAGAAUCCCAAGCUCCCAGAACUUCUUUUGAAAAAUGGCAUUGCCUUCAUGGGUCCUCCAAGCCAAGCCAUGUGGGCUUUGGGGGAUAAGAUUGCAUCUUCCAUAGUGGCUCAAACUGCUGGUAUCCCAACUCUUCCAUGGAGUGGCAGUGGUCUUUGUGUGGACUGGCACGAAAAUGAUUUUUCAAAACGAAUUUUAAACGUUCCUCAGGAACUAUAUGAAAAAGGUUAUGUGAAGGAUGUGGAUGAUGGGCUGAAGGCAGCAGAGGAAGUUGGAUAUCCAGUAAUGAUCAAGGCCUCAGAAGGAGGAGGAGGGAAGGGAAUCAGAAAAGUCAACAAUGCAGAUGAUUUCCCUAACCUCUUCAGACAGGUUCAAGCUGAAGUUCCUGGAUCUCCUAUCUUUGUGAUGAGACUAGCCAAACAGUCUCGUCAUCUGGAGGUGCAGAUCUUAGCGGAUCAGUAUGGCAACGCCAUCUCUCUGUUUGGUCGUGAUUGCUCUGUGCAGCGCAGGCAUCAGAAGAUUAUUGAAGAAGCUCCUGCUGCUAUUGCUACUCCAGCAGUAUUUGAACAUAUGGAGCAGUGCGCAGUGAAACUCGCCAGGAUGGUUGGCUAUGUGAGCGCGGGGACCGUGGAGUACCUCUACAGCCAGGAUGGCAGCUUCUACUUUCUGGAACUGAACCCUCGGCUACAGGUGGAGCACCCCUGUACGGAGAUGGUGGCCGAUGUCAACCUCCCUGCCGCGCAGCUCCAGAUUGCCAUGGGGAUCCCCCUGUACAGAAUCAAGGAUAUCCGGAUGAUGUACGGGGUCUCUCCCUGGGGCGAUGCUCCCAUUGAUUUUGAAAAUUCGGCUCACGUUCCUUGCCCAAGGGGCCACGUUAUUGCUGCUCGUAUCACUAGUGAAAAUCCAGAUGAGGGUUUUAAGCCCAGCUCAGGAACAGUUCAAGAGCUGAAUUUUCGCAGCAAUAAGAACGUUUGGGGUUAUUUCAGUGUUGCUGCUGCAGGCGGGCUUCAUGAAUUUGCUGAUUCUCAGUUUGGUCACUGCUUUUCUUGGGGAGAAAACCGAGAGGAAGCAAUUUCAAACAUGGUGGUGGCUUUGAAGGAGCUAUCUAUCCGGGGUGACUUUAGAACCACAGUCGAAUACCUGAUCAAAUUGUUGGAGACUGAAAGCUUUCAGUUGAACAGAAUUGACACCGGCUGGCUGGACAGACUGAUAGCAGAAAAAGUACAGGCGGAGCGACCUGACACCAUGCUGGGAGUUGUCUGUGGGGCUCUCCACGUGGCAGACGUGAGCCUGCGGAAUAGCAUCUCCAACUUCCUUCACUCCUUAGAGAGGGGCCAAGUCCUCUCUGCACAUACACUUCUGAAUACAGUAGACGUUGAACUCAUCUACGAGGGAGUCAAGUACGUACUGAAGGUGACUCGACAGUCCCCGAACUCCUACGUGGUGAUCAUGAAUGGCUCGUGUGUGGAAGUAGAUGUGCAUCGGCUGAGCGACGGUGGACUGCUCCUGUCCUAUGACGGCAGCAGUUAUACCACAUACAUGAAGGAGGAGGUGGAUAGAUAUCGCAUCACAAUUGGCAAUAAAACUUGUGUGUUUGAGAAGGAAAACGACCCUUCGGUGCUGCGCUCACCGUCUGCUGGGAAGUUAAUCCAGUACAUUGUGGAGGAUGGAGGCCAUGUGUUUGCUGGCCAGUGCUAUGCCGAGAUCGAGGUGAUGAAGAUGGUAAUGACCUUAACAGCCGCAGAGUCUGGCUGUAUCCAUUAUGUCAAGCGGCCUGGAGCAGCUCUUGACCCGGGCUGUGUAAUAGCCAAAAUGCAACUGGACAACCCCAGCAAGGUCCAGCAGGCUGAGCUUCACACAGGCAGUCUGCCACAGAUCCAAAGCACAGCGCUCAGAGGCGAGAAGCUCCAUCGAGUGUUCCACUAUGUCCUGGAUAAUCUGGUCAACGUGAUGAACGGAUACUGCCUUCCAGAUCCUUUCUUUAGCAGCAGGGUGAAAGACUGGGUUGAACGGUUGAUGAAGACCCUCAGAGACCCCUCCUUACCUCUCCUAGAAUUGCAGGAUAUCAUGACCAGCGUCUCUGGUCGUAUCCCGCCCAAUGUGGAGAAGUCUAUCAAGAAGGAAAUGGCUCAGUAUGCCAGCAACAUCACAUCCGUCCUCUGUCAGUUUCCCAGCCAGCAGAUUGCCAACAUCCUAGAUAGCCAUGCAGCCACACUGAACCGGAAAUCUGAACGGGAAGUCUUCUUCAUGAACACUCAGAGCAUCGUCCAGCUGGUGCAGAGGUACCGCAGUGGCAUCCGAGGACACAUGAAGGCUGUGGUGAUGGACCUGCUGCGGCAGUACCUGCGAGUAGAGACACAGUUCCAGAACGGUCACUAUGACAAAUGUGUGUUCACCCUCCGGGAGGAGAACAAAAGUGAUAUGAAUACUGUACUGAACUACAUCUUCUCUCAUGCUCAAGUCACCAAGAAGAAUCUGCUGGUCACCAUGCUUAUCGAUCAGCUGUGCGGCCGGGACCCCACCCUCACUGAUGAGCUGCUGAAUAUCCUCACGGAGCUAACUCAACUCAGCAAGACCACCAACGCGAAGGUGGCACUGCGAGCGCGCCAGGUUCUUAUUGCUUCCCAUUUGCCAUCAUAUGAGCUUCGCCACAACCAAGUUGAGUCUAUCUUCCUAUCAGCCAUUGACAUGUACGGACAUCAGUUUUGCAUCGAGAACCUGCAGAAACUCAUCUUGUCCGAAACGUCAAUUUUUGAUGUCCUACCAAACUUCUUCUAUCACAGCAACCAGGUCGUGAGGAUGGCAGCCCUGGAGGUGUAUGUUCGAAGGGCUUAUAUAGCCUAUGAACUUAAUAGCGUACAACACCGGCAGCUGAAGGACAGCACCUGCGUGGUGGAAUUCCAGUUCAUGCUGCCCACAUCACAUCCAAACAGAGGGAACAUCCCCACGCUAAACAGAAUGUCCUUCUCCUCCAACCUCAACCACUACGGCAUGACUCACGUAGCCAGUGUCAGCGACGUGCUGCUGGACAACGCGUUCACUCCGCCAUGCCAGAGGAUGGGCGGGAUGGUCUCUUUUCGGACCUUUGAAGAUUUUGUCAGGAUCUUUGAUGAAGUGAUGGGCUGCUUCUGUGAUUCCCCACCCCAAAGCCCGACAUUCCCUGAGGCAGGUCACACGUCUCUGUAUGACGAAGACAAGGUCCCCAGGGAUGAACCAAUUCACAUUUUGAAUGUGGCUAUCAAAACAGACUGCGACAUCGAGGAUGACAGUCUAGCAGCUAUGUUCCGAGAGUUUACCCAGCAAAACAAAGCUACCCUAGUUGAACAUGGGAUCCGACGCCUUACUUUCCUGGUUGCACAAAAGGAUUUCAGGAAACAGGUCAACUAUGAAGUGGAUCAGAGAUUUCAUAGAGAAUUUCCUAAAUUUUUCACAUUCCGAGCAAGGGAUAAGUUUGAGGAAGAUCGUAUCUAUCGUCACCUGGAGCCUGCCCUAGCUUUCCAGUUAGAGCUGAACCGGAUGAGAAAUUUUGACCUUACUGCCAUCCCAUGUGCCAAUCACAAGAUGCACUUGUAUCUCGGGGCAGCCAAGGUGGAAGUGGGUACAGAAGUGACAGACUACAGGUUCUUUGUUCGUGCAAUCAUCAGGCAUUCUGAUCUGGUCACCAAGGAAGCUUCCUUUGAAUAUCUACAAAAUGAAGGGGAACGGCUCCUCCUGGAAGCCAUGGAUGAGUUGGAAGUCGCCUUUAACAAUACAAAUGUCCGAACUGACUGCAACCACAUCUUCCUCAACUUUGUUCCUACAGUCAUCAUGGACCCAUCAAAGAUUGAGGAGUCCGUGCGGAGCAUGGUGAUGCGCUAUGGAAGUCGGCUGUGGAAACUGCGUGUCCUCCAGGCAGAACUGAAAAUCAACAUUCGCCUGACACCAACUGGAAAAGCAAUUCCCAUCCGCCUCUUCCUGACGAACGAGUCUGGCUAUUACUUGGACAUCAGCCUGUACAAGGAAGUGACUGAUUCCAGGACAGCACAGAUCAUGUUUCAGGCAUAUGGAGACAAACAGGGACCAUUACAUGGAAUGUUAAUCAACACUCCGUACGUGACCAAAGACCUGCUUCAAUCCAAGAGGUUCCAGGCACAGUCCUUAGGGACAACAUACAUAUAUGAUAUCCCAGAGAUGUUUCGGCAGUCCCUGAUCAAGCUCUGGGAAUCUAUGUCCUCUCAAGCAUUCCUUCCACCGCCCCCUCUGCCUUCAGACAUACUGACUUACACUGAGCUUGUGUUGGAUGAUCAAGGUCAACUGGUUCACAUGAACAGGCUUCCAGGAGGAAAUGAGAUUGGCAUGGUAGCUUGGAAAAUGACCCUUAAAAGUCCAGAAUAUCCAGACGGCCGAGAUAUCAUUGUUAUUGGCAAUGACAUCACUUAUCGAAUUGGGUCCUUUGGACCCCAGGAGGAUUGGCUGUUUCUCAGAGCUUCUGAACUUGCCAGGGCAGAGGGCAUCCCACGCAUCUAUGUAGCAGCCAACAGUGGAGCAAGAAUCGGACUGGCAGAGGAAAUUCGGCACAUGUUUCACGUGGCCUGGGUAGAUCCUGAGGACCCUUACAAG